CAGCAGCCCCGAGCGCAGCCGCGCGCCCUCCCCUCCCGGCGGACGUCGGCGCGGCGCGGGCUCGGGCUCGGGCGCCGGGGCUCGUCUAGGAUGGGCCCGCGCGGGGUGCUGCUCUGCCUGCUCCCCUUGGUGCGAGCCGCCGGGCGCCGCGAGGGCCCGGCCGACGAGCCGAGCCUGGAGGCGGCCGUGGCCGUGCCCAACGCCUCGCACUUCUUCUGGAGCAACUACACCUUCUCCGACUGGCAGAACUUUGUGGGCCGGAGGCGCUACGGGGCCGAGUCCCAGAACCCCACGGUGAAAGCCCUGCUCAUCGUGGCUUACUCCUUCAUCAUCGUCUUCUCGCUCUUCGGCAACGUCCUGGUCUGUCAUGUCAUCUUCAAGAACCAGCGAAUGCACUCGGCCACCAGCCUCUUCAUCGUCAACCUGGCGGUCGCCGACAUCAUGAUCACGCUGCUCAACACCCCCUUCACCUUGGUCCGCUUUGUGAACAGCACAUGGGUGUUCGGGAAGGGCAUGUGCCAUGUCAGCCGCUUUGCCCAGUACUGCUCACUGCAUGUCUCAGCACUGACGCUGACGGCCAUUGCUGUUGACCGCCACCAGGUCAUCAUGCAUCCGUUAAAACCGCGGAUCUCCAUCACAAAAGGCGUCAUCUACAUCGCAGUUAUCUGGACCAUGGCCACGUUCUUUUCGCUCCCACACGCCAUCUGCCAGAAAUUAUUUACCUUCAAGUACAGUGAGGACAUUGUCCGCUCCCUGUGCCUGCCAGACUUCCCUGAGCCAGCUGACCUCUUCUGGAAGUACCUGGACUUGGCCACCUUCAUCCUGCUGUACAUCCUCCCCCUCCUCAUCAUCUCCGUGGCCUACGCCCGUGUGGCCAAGAAGCUGUGGUUGUGCAACACAAUUGGGGAUGUGACCACAGAACAGUACCUGGCCCUACGGCGUAAGAAGAAGAAGACCAUCAAGAUGCUGAUGCUGGUGGUGGUCCUCUUUGCCCUCUGCUGGUUCCCCCUCAACUGCUAUGUCCUCCUCCUGUCGAGCAAGGUCAUCCAUACCAACAAUGCCCUCUACUUCGCCUUCCACUGGUUUGCCAUGAGCAGCACUUGCUACAACCCCUUCAUCUACUGCUGGCUCAACGAGAACUUCAGGGUUGAGCUGAAGGCAUUACUGAGCAUGUGCCAAAGGCUGCCCAAGCCCCAGGAGGAAAGGCCACCCUCCCCAGUUCCUUCCUUCAGGGUGGCCUGGACAGAGAAGAGCAAUGGCUGGAGGGCUCCACUAGCCAACAACCUCCUGCCCUCCUCCCAACUCCAGUCUGGGAAGACAGACCUGUCUUCUGUGGAGCCCAUUGUGGCAGUGAGUUAGAGGGGGGUUGGCGGGGGGUGGCGGCGGGG